AUGCUUAGAGAAGAGGAGGAAAUGGAUUUUGUCUUCAACAUCACUGUCAGUGCGGCCAAUUGGGCUCUGCUUGCUGGCUAUCUGGUCGUCCCAGGCACUUUUACCUCUCUUCAAAGCUCCGAUCAGGUAGAACAUGCUUUGCAAGGCAACAAAGCCGGUCGAACAGUGUUGCACACGAUCCAGAAUCCUCCAUUGCUGUCCAUUGCCUGUUGUCUCCUUCUCGGAGGUCUUGCAGCUUUCGCAUGGCUUUUGCAUUUUGCGAAGCUCAGAAGCAAUUACAUAUGGUUGAUCAAUAGGCUUUUCACGCCGAUUUCGCUGAACGCCGCUGCUGGGCUAUUGACUACAAUCAUCAACGUCUGCGCAUCUCAAGGGGGAGAUUGGUCUGUAAUGGCCAUUGUUACCACUGUCGCUACUGGGGCAACUCUUACUAUUUCUCUGGCACUGUUGUGUUUCUAUAAGUUUCACCUUUUGGAGAAGGUCAAACGAGAUGACGCGGUCUUCACUCUUGUUUUGCCUUCGUCGAGACCACAAUAA